AUGGCGCAUGGAAAACUACAAAUGGAUGAAGCAUUUCAAAAAAAGGGCAUUGCUUUGGUUUCAAGAUGCAGCUUGUGUGGCGUGGAGGCUGAGACUAUGGUUCACAUUUUCCUUCAAUGCUCCUUCGCAAAGGAAUUAUGGAUGUUCUUCAGUGGCUGCGUCAAUGUGGUUCGGAAGAAAUUGGAUUCCAUGGCUGAUUUUCUUCAAUGGUGGAAAAGGAAGCUUAAAAUUGUUUGCUGCAAAGAGGUGUGGGCUCUGGGGUUAAUUACGGUGGCUGACCACAUUUGGCAUAAAAGAAAUAACAGAAGGCACGAAGGCAAGGUCAGGCCGAUAAACUUCAUCAAGCAAAUGAUUCUUGAGGAUAUUAAAUGCUCCAAACCUAGCACCAAAGGAGAUGUGAAAACCGCCGCUAAUGUUAUUUGCUACAGAAAACUUGGCUUAUUGAUUCAGAAUAAGCCAACUUUGCCCAUCUUAGAGGUUUAUUGGUGUAGGUCUCAGGUAAAUUGGAUCAAACUAAACUUCGAUGGAAGCUCUAUGGGCAAUCCUGGUCGAGCAGGAUCUGGUGGGAUCUUUCACUAUCAUAUGGGAGCUGUUAUGGACUCCUAUAAAAUUUUUAUAGGGGUCUCAAAGGUCUUCCAGGCGGAGGUGGAAGGGCUAAUGGUGGGUCUGAUGCGUACUCGAGAAAUGGGAAUUACUCGCUUAUGGGUGGAGACAGAUUCCAGUGCAGUUGCGAUAUCCUUCCAGAAAAAGAAAAUCCCAUAG